UCGCAUUGUAGAGUAACUAAUAAUAAUAACAAAAUAAAGCAGUAGGUAACACAAACUGUGCUUCGUACAGAUUUAGUCGCUUCACAAGACUCAAAAGCUUCGAACAGUAUAUAAUAAGCGUUUCGUUAACAGUGCAAAAUUCACAAAAUCGCAGAGAAACUGCAAAUAUUCCUUGAACCGUUAAUGCUGUUGUGACAACAACGUAUUAAAUAAAGCUUGCCGAACCGGUUGUGGAGGAGUAAUACGCAUAUAAAGCUAUAUAAAUAAAUGAGAUAGAGGUGAAGAAAGACAUCAGUAAUUGCCAAAUGGAGCCGACGCAUUAUAUAGAUCCUGAAGACAUUGUUGAGGCAGAACCUCUUUCAUGGAAAUUUUGGAAGAAACGUCGCUACAUUGUAGUUUUAUUGGCAUUUUUCGGUUUCUUUAACGUCUACUCGUUACGUGUCAAUCUGAGCGUCGCAAUCGUAGCCAUGACAGAAAAUCGUACCGUCACUAAUGAGCAGGGCGAAGAAACAUGGGAGCAAGAUUUUCCAUGGGAUUCAAAGCAAAAGGGAUUAAUAUUGAGUUCAUUCUUUUACGGCUACAUUCUAACUCAGUUUAUUGGAGGCUUUAUUGGCGCAAAAAUUGGUGGCAAUCUCGUUUUUGGCAUCGGUAUUGGUACGACAGCAAUACUAACACUCUUCACGCCCCUGGCUGCCAAACAUAGUCUGGAACUACUGCUAGCCGUACGAAUUAUUGAAGGUAUAUUUGAGGGAGUAACAUUUCCUUGUAUACAUGCGGUUUGGGCACGUUGGGCGCCGCCACUCGAACGUUCGCGCAUGGCUUCAAUUGCAUUUGCCGGCAACUAUGCAGGCACCGUGAUAGCUAUGCCAUCUUCGGGCUUAUUAGCAACAACCUAUGGUUGGGAGAGUGUCUUUUACGUUUUCGGUACAAUCGGUUGCAUAUGGUUCAUAUUAUGGAUGGCCAUUGUACGUGCCGAACCCGGCAAAGAUCGAUAUUGUUCAGCCGAUGAACGCCAUUAUAUAGAGAAUAAAAUUGGCAGUAAAGGACACAACAACAUUAGACAUCCGUGGAAAGCGAUUUUCACUUCGUUACCCUUCUAUGCAAUUAUCGCUUCACAUUUUUCUGAGAACUGGGGUUUUUAUACCUUGCUCACACAAUUACCAUCGUUUCUGAGAGAUACGCUGGACUUUAAUUUAGAUAAGACAGGCUUUCUAUCGGCCGUCCCGUAUUUGGCUAUGGGCAUACUGUUAGGUGUCUCCGGUUAUUUAGCUGACUGGCUUCAGGUCAAAGGCUAUCUGACUACAACACAAGUUCGCCGCUAUUUUAAUUGCGGAGCUUUUCUCGCCCAAACAGUAUUCAUGAUUCUUACUGCGUAUCUCUUAGAUCCUACGUGGUCUGUGGUAUGCAUAACAAUUGCCGUCGGCUUAGGAGCCUUUGCCUGGUCCGGAUUUGCGGUUAAUCAUCUGGACAUAGCACCGCAACAUGCCAGCGUAUUGAUGGGCAUUGGGAAUACAUUUGCCACCAUACCUGGUAUUGUUAGUCCAAUGCUGACCGGACAUCUAGUGGUGAAUCAAAGCAGCGAGGAAUGGAAAACGGUCUUCUUUAUAUCCGCCGGGAUUUAUUUAUUCGGUUGUGUCGUUUAUUGGUUUUGGGCGUCAGGUGAAUUGCAAGAAUGGGCCAAAACGCCUGAGCAAAAGGCACUCGAGUUAAAUCACAAAAAAGCCCACACUUACGCAAACAAAGCUAUCACAAUUAAAGAUGAAACAACAACAAAUUAAUGAACCAAUUUUCUUCCUCUUCUUUCUUUUGCUUCACUUAACGAACCCUGCUUUCUGUGAAUAUGAAAAAACAUUUAGCC